AUGUUUCUUUCCCUGAUGCUCCUCCUUCCCUUCCUUCCCUUCCUAAUUCCUGUGGAGGCCGAGCCGGGGACUGGCACAUGCGCGCCAGUCACAUGGACAAACGAAGUCAAGCCUGGCGAGACCCGGCCGCCGCCGCCGCCGUCCCGCCGUUUCCAGCUUACAGACAGAAAGGGCAAUGUCCCUCUGCCCGGCGAAGUCAACUGUCGCUACUCGGGGUGGAGUGGCAGUCAGGUCGACGCCUCGACGUGCGCCCAGCUGGCGACCAAGUACAAGGUCGGGCUCGACAAGUUCUUUGAGCUGAACCGGUCCCGGGUCAGCGCGGGUUGCGGUGAUAUAAAGCCCCAGACCGAGUACUGCAUGGCAGGCUCCUCUGGUUUCCAAGGACGGCCGCUGCGGGCCCAAGUUCAACAACGCAACCUGUAUUGGAACCGAGCACCAGUGCUGCAACUCGGAGACGUGGACCUGCGGGAGCGACUUGUCCCCAAGAUACUGCGUCCCAAAGACUUCUUUGUCACCAUGAGGAAAAAUCCAAGAACAGCUUAG